UGGACUUUUUUCCCAACAAAUUUAGAGAUAAGAACCUGCGUUUUUGUACCUAACUGUCAGUCUGGUACAAGGCCCACCGACCGUUCCCCACCACGGAUCAUUGAACUUUGUUCUUGAUUGUUCUACUUCCGUUCUCUGUGACAUUUCAACAAAUAAGUACAGGGACGAAUCCGAGGACUCUCUUGAUUUAGCGUAGAAAGGUGGCAAUGAGUUUCAGGGACGAAACCGAGGACCUCAGUAAGCCGUUCCUGCACACGGGGAGCUGGUAUAGAAUGGGCUCGAGGCAGUCCAGCGCGAUGAGCUCCUCGGCCCAAUUCCUUCGCGACGGCUCCAUCUCCGUCGUGCUCUGCGUCCUCAUCGUCGCCCUUGGCCCCAUCCAAUUCGGCUUCACCUGUGGGUAUUCGUCCCCUACGCAAGCUGAAAUAGUCAAGGACUUGAAACUUUCAGUCUCAGAGUUCUCUCUAUUUGGAUCUUUAUCAAACGUGGGUGCAAUGGUUGGGGCAAUUGCGAGUGGUCAAAUUGCGGAAUACAUUGGGCGCAAAGGGUCACUUAUGAUCGCUGCAAUUCCUAAUAUAAUUGGAUGGCUAGCAAUAUCGUUUGCCACAGAUUCGUCAUUCUUAUACAUGGGAAGGUUGUUGGAAGGAUUUGGCGUUGGUAUAAUAUCUUACACGGUGCCGGUAUAUAUAGCUGAGAUUUCACCUCAAAACAUGAGGGGAAGCCUUGGGUCUGUGAACCAGCUCGCAGUGACAAUUGGAAUAAUGCUGGCUUAUCUUUUGGGGCUGUUUGUCAACUGGAGAGUGCUUGCAAUUUUAGGAAUUUUGCCAUGUACAGUAUUGAUACCUGCCUUGUUUUUCAUACCAGAAUCUCCUCGAUGGCUGGCCAAAAUGGGGAUGACAGAAGAUUUUGAAGCCUCAUUGCAAGUUUUACGGGGUUUCGGUACAGACAUUUCAAUUGAAGUGAAUGAAAUCAAGAGAUCUGUAGCAUCAACAGGCAAAAGAACUACAAUAAGGUUUUCAGAUCUCAAGAGAAAGAGAUAUUGGUUUCCUUUAACGAUAGGGAUUGGAUUACUUGUGCUCCAGCAACUCAGUGGUAUCAAUGGUGUUUUAUUCUAUUCGAGUAACAUAUUUACAAGUGCCGGGGUAUCAUCAAGUAAUGUGGCAACUUUAGGACUUGGUAUUAUUCAGGUUAUUGCUACUGGGAUCACUACUUGGUUGGUGGACAAAGCUGGGCGCAGGCUGCUUCUUAUUGUAUCAUCGUCUGGAAUGACUCUUAGCCUCGUCCUUGUUGCAAUUGCGUUUUAUCUAGAGGGCGUUGUAUCAGAAGAUUCUCAUUUAUAUUCCAUGUUUGGUAUACUGUCACUCGUGGGGCUUGUGAUGUUAGUGAUUUCAUGCUCUCUGGGAAUUGGAGCUAUUCCUUGGCUUAUAAUGUCAGAGAUACUUCCGGUGAAUAUUAAGGGCCUUGCUGGCAGCAUAGCAACAUUUGCGAAUUGGCUGACAUCCUUUGUGGUCACAAUGACUGCAAACUUACUCUUGAGUUGGAACAGUGGAGGUACCUUCACAAUUUACGCCUUGGUCUCUGCCUUUACUGUUGUCUUCGUGACACUUUGGGUUCCUGAAACUAAAGGCAGAACUCUGGAAGAGAUUCAGGGGUCAUUUAGAUGAACUUGUUUGCUGAAGCAUGUGUUCAUCUUAAUCUGUUUCUGAAGUGAAUAUCAUGCAGGAAGCAUCACGUAUAGGUGCUGAUGCCGAAUAUGCCGGAAUACAGAGUUCAUUAUCUACAACCAUGUUUUAGUUAUUUGUAUUGUCUUUUAUUUGCCAACAAGUUACAAUUCAUACAAGCUUUGGAUACCAAAGUCACACACAAUGCCAUACGCAAGAAGAAACCAAUCACACGAGGAUUCGCAAUGCCAAAGGGUUGUAUUCCGGAAGAUACUCUCGUCAAGAUAAGAGUUGUUUUGUGGUAGCUUUAGUAGUUAUUAGCUUGUAUGGAUUUGUUUUAUCUUUUAUGUUAUCCUUGGGUUGUUGUUUCUUUUCCUAAUUCCACUGGAAUAAUAAGUAGAUAACCUCCAUAUAAUACUUUGUACCCAUUGGCAUUGGCAAAUUUAUCAAUGAAAGUACUAAAGUUUUCUGCUAA